AUGGAUGAAGAUUUUUUUCCCACAGACGCAGAUGGAUUCAGACCUCCACAUCUUUCUGCAUAUCGUUUGGGUUUUACGGUUAUUUUACGACAUAACUUGUGGCAUAUCACCGCCAAUAAUCAAAAUCGAACAACCAAGGUAUUACAAUCAAUCUUGAAGAACCAAAAGAGAAUUGCAAAUACAUCCCUGAAGAAUAAGAUUGAUGCUGCUUUUGAAGAUCCAUUUGUCGAAGUAGUAGUUGGAAAUGGAAAACAAGCAAGCCACAGACAGGAUGAGCUAAUGGCUUUAACUGAUGCUCUUUACAAAAGAAGUGAUGGUAUUACUAAAAAUUUAUUAACAGUCGAAAUGAAAGAUCUUUCAGCUGAUCCAAGAAAAUUUGUUACUCCACUGAUAGAUUAG